AUGUCCAUUCUCGUACGACGGUCCAACCUGAUCAUUCCCGCUGUCCAGCAGCGAAUGAUCCGGUGGAGCUGGAAGCACGACGCCGAUGCCAUCACCAUAGAUCUUCAGGAUGGCACUCCCGCCGGCGAAAUCCAACAGGUUCGCAAAACCCUCCGCCAGUCGAUAGCCCUCGCCGGCAAGGCUGGCGCCCAGGUUUUCGUCCGCGUCAACGCCGGAUACGUUUACGCCGACUGCGAUGCCGCCAUUGGCCCCGGCUUGGCCGGCAUUCUUCUCCCCGGCGUCGAAUCGGCCGCUCAGGUGAUCGAGGCCGCCGGGACCCUAACGGAAUUGGAACGAAAAUACGGCGUGUCCCACGGUUUGCUGGAAAUCGCUCCUGCCAUCGAGACCGGAGCCGGUAUCUGGCACAUCAGGGAAAUCAUCACCGCCUCACCCCGCAUCAGACAGGUUGGAAUCGACGAAGCUGCCCUGGCCGCUUCCCUGGGCAUCGCUCAGUCCGCCGAAUACGACGCAUUCGUGUACGCCCGCGGUCGCGUGUGCAUCGAAGCCACCGCCGCCGGCGUUCAACCUGUCGCCGUGGCCGACCCGAUUGGAGUGUCAACCGGCCAGAUAUCCCACGAGGAAAUGGUGAAAAUCGCCACCGACUCUCGAAACCUCGGGUUCAAGGGUAUGGUUUGCGGCCAUACGAGUUGGGUCGCCGCUGUCAACGAAGCGUAUACUCCUGCCGAAUCUCUCGUCGAUUACUACACCCAGGUGCGUGAGGUUUUCGCUCAGGCUUUGGCCGCCGGCACCGCCGCCGCUCCCUUCGCCGGCCGCAUGAUUGACGUUCCGGUGGACGAGUGGGCCAAGGACGUUAUCGCCAUGAGCGCCGCCUGUGCUGCCCGCGACGCCGAAAAGCAGGCGGCCCUCGCCUCAGCGGAGGCUUGGCCAGACACCUCCGUUCCCAUCGUCCGCUAG